UCCGACGCGAUGUCGUUUCUGUUGAGACCAGAGGACCCCGACGACUACCUCAAACUUUUGAAUCGCUGCUUCAUUGUUGUCCCUGACGAUGAGCCCGCGCUCUCUUAUUUCCAUCCUCACUGUCGCUGGUCUCAAGCUCAAGUCUGUAUGCCUAUUAGCCUAUUUAUAUUCAUACACAUGUAUUGAGUCAUGCUUUAUGUGUCAAUACAUAUCAGCCUCUGUGUAUGUGUGGAAACAGACAGACUUUAAAUAAUUUAUUAGACGUUUGGGUCUUUGAGGUGGGGCACAAUGGCACAUUGAUAAUCAUAGCUAUACAGGGUUAUAUAUAUGUGUGUAUAUAUAUAUGUAUAUUUGUAAGGAGUGAAAAGAUCAAGGAAAAUAAUUUGUAAAAGAAAACAAAAUCGUGGCUAGUUCACGAAUUUUUUGCAAUUGUUCAGUUCAACCCAUGAACCAUCGAAUAAAUCAGAAAUAAAUUUUUACUCCUUUUACUUUUUAUUUUUUUAUUUUUUUGAUGACGGGGCAAUUGCCCCACCGGUGGAGAAUAGCACAACAACCCACCGCCAUGUCCUCCCACUCAAGUCACAGUUUGAUUCUGGGGGGAAUUGAAUAUGUGAUUGGGGCUCAUGCACACAAGUUCGCUGUUACCACUUGGGCUACCCACGGUUGGGUUACUCCUUUCAAAUUCUGAUUGUGCAAAGGGCUAUUGAAAUGAAGACGUAUGAUAAAGUCAUGUCUUCCAAUGUAGUAUGUGACGGUUAUGAUAAGGUUAAUCACUCGAGCCCCAUCAUGGAACUUUUGUCUUCUUCAGCAUGGUGCCUUUUAUUACAAAGGGUUGGGGAUGAUGUCAUGUUUUAUCUUCUAAAUCAUACAUCAGUGUUUUUACCACUUCCGAAUAAGAAGCACCGUCAAGUGGCAGGUCCUCCUAUAAGUAAGUUAUGCUAUGAGUUUUCAAAGCGAAGAUCAGAGUCUCAGUAUCCACAUACUUCACUCAUACAUUGCGGAUCCAAAAAGCAGAGGCCUUUAGUUGAAGACCAUAGCUCAUUGUCAGUGGCACAGAAAUUAAGUAGUUCUCCUAGUGUUGAUGAUCCCUCAAGUUCUGUAAGCUGGGAUGGCUCCAAUGCUAGCAGUGUUAUUAGAUCAUUUACUCGGCUUUACGGAGAAAAGCAUUCUCGAAUGAAUUUAUCUAAUGCAGAUACAGCAAUUACUGGAACUGGUACCCAUGACACCAGAGAUUUAGAUGAUGAAUUUCAAGAAUGCUCCAAUCAGAUUGCAGAAAAAUCUCGAAAGCGUUCCAGGCCAUUUAGUUGGCAGCGUUGCAGAAAACGAAGGCAUUUAAAAUCUGAAGAAACCAGUGUUAAGACCUCUUUUGCUACAAGUCGGUACAAAGAUGGCUUUUCCCAGGGGCUCCGGCGCGGAGGGAUUGCAAGCUUAAGUCAUCCUGGCAUGAUGCCAUGGGAAUGCUCUUGUUCUUUAGGAGUGCAAGCUCCCCAGUCCCUGGUAGUUGCCAAAGGGGCUCAUAUUAACAGGCAAUCCAUGUUUUAUGACUUGCAAUCUUAUUCAUCAGUUUUUCCUCGAAAGCAUAUACUAAGUUCUCUAAAGCCCAAUUUUUCUGAUGCAAAGUUUCUUAUUGGCAAUAUCUAUGGCGUAUCUGAACUAAAUGCGGGUGUUCAGUCAGCGCCAAGCUUCCCGAUUAGUGGCUUUAAUCUCACCGGAUAUCCCUGCCUGUACAAAUCACUUGUUAAGUUUCUUAAGAGUCUCAUACGCAGGACGCAUGGUUGCCAACAUUUCAGAUUAUUGGAUAAACAUUGUGUCGUUCCAGCAGUGAACAGUCAUUCUACUGGAAAAUCUUGUAUCAUUGUUGAGGGGGAUACGAUAAGGAAAAAUAUUUCAAAGAAUUCUUGUGGUUUUGAUGCUGCAAAUUGUGAGGAAACCCUGCCCACAAUCAGGCCUCAGUUUGCGGCAAAUAAGUCUUAUUGCUCGAAAACCCAGGUAGUGUCCUUUAUAUGGGCUGUUAUCAGGAGUGUAGUUCCUCCAGAGUUGUUAGGAACAACUUAUAACUGGAGAAUGCUAAGGAGAAAUAUUGCCAAGUUUAUUUGCCUUAGAAGAUUUGAGAAAUUCUCAUUGAAGCAGUGCAUGCAUAAAUUGAAAACAUCGAGGUUCCCAUUUCUAUCGACUCUACAUUUGUUGCCUAAAGGCUUAACAAAGUUGAAGGAUGCCACAAAUAUUUUGAAACACUAUCUUUUACAAAGCUGGAUCUUUUGGCUCUUUUCAUGUCUAGUGGUGCCACUUGUGCAAGCAAACUUCUAUGUCACUGAAACUGAGCAUGGAGAUCAAGAGGUAUAUUAUUAUAGGAAGUCUGUUUGGGAGAAGUUGAUGAAUAGGGCCAUCACUUGCUUGAAAGAUCAGAACUAUCUGGAAUUGGAUGUUCCAGCUGUUAGAAAUAUUAUAAGCAAAAGAUUAUUUGGUUUCUCAAAACUCAGACUUCGUCCGAAAGAGAAUGGAGUGAGGAUGCUGGCAAAUCUAAAGGCAUCAUCAAGAUUGCCAGCACAGGAGUCCUCUUUGGAAGAUCAAUCAUUUGGAAUGCGUAGAAAAGGAAAAUUUAAUCCAAAGAAAGUUAAAUAUAAUCAUUUCAAGUCUGUAAAUUGUGUUAUUCGCGAUACAUAUGCUGUUUUAAAAGGUCUGCAGUUGGAAGAACCAGAGAUGUUAGGAUCAUCAGUUUUCGAUUACAAUGAGGUCUAUAGAAAGUUAUGUCCAUUUUUUAUUGGUCUGAAGAAUGGAUCAACAAUAAUGCCUCGCAUAUUUGUUGUUGUUUCUGAUGUGUUAAAAGCAUUUGAUUCAGUUGAUCAGGACAAGCUGCUUAGUGUAAUGAAUGAUAUCAUACUGAAUGAUAAAUACCUUCUUAGACAGUCUGACCAGGUAGUGUGCACGAAGAAAAAUCUUUGGGUUCAUAAAAACCUUGUGUCGGUUAAUCAAAAUAUCGGCAUUACAAGAGUCAAAUCCUCUGUUCCCUUUCGAUCACUGCAUUCUGUGCUUGUUAAUCAGGAGUGGAGCAGAUACGUGAAAAAAGAAGAGCUAUUUUUCACCCUAAAGGAACAUGUUAAGUUCAACGUGCUGCAGUUUAAUAAAAAGUUUUACUUGCAAGGUUUAGGCAUUCCUCAAGGAAGCAUUUUGUCAUCUCUGCUUUGCUCUUUAUACUUUGGACAUCUGGAAAGGAAUGUGAUCUUUCCAUUCCUUGAGAAAACUUGUGAAUGUACUGCUAAAGAUUUACCUAGAGGACAUAUUUAUCGUGAUGCUUCUGAACAGGAAAGCAGUGUGGAUAAGUUUGACUCACCCCUGAAUUAUAUACUCUUAAGAUUUAUUGAUGACUUCCUUCUCAUUUCAACUUCAAAGAAGCAGGCCACUAGCUUCUUUUCCAGGUUGCAAAGAGGAUUUCGAAAUUACAACUGCUUCAUGAAUGAUGAUAAAUAUGGUCUCAAUUUUGAUAAUGGAUGCAUAUCAGGGGUUCCAUCAAACAGGGUUUCUGAGGGUGAAGAUGGCAUUUCAUUCCUUCGAUGGAGUGGGUUGCUUAUCAACUGCUGCACUUUAGAAGUUCAGGCAGACUACACAAAGUAUCUGAAUAAGCAUUUAAGUUCAACUCUUACUGUCUGCUGGCAAGGUAAACCAGGCCGUAAUCUGAAGGAAAAACUGUGUGGCUUUAUUAGACCUAAAUGCCAUCCUUUAUUCUUCGACUCAAAUAUUAAUUCGGCAGCUGUUGUCAGAUUAAAUAUGUAUCAAGCAUUUUUGCUAUGUGCAAUGAAGUUUCACUGUUAUGUUCGUGAAUUGUCGUACAUUUGCAAACUUCGCACUGGAUUCUAUGUAAGCAUUAUUGAAAGAUCUUUGAGGUAUAUGUAUGUGUGCAUAAAGAGACGGAUGCGAUCUGCAUCCCGUGGUUCUGAUUUCCGACCAACUUUUCAAGUGGAAGAGGGAGAAGUUGAAUGGCUUGGAUUAUAUGCCUAUAUCCAGGUAUUGAAGAGAAAAGAAUCUCGACAUAAAAAGUUGCUAUCUACACUAAGGUGCAAGUUCGCACAUAGAAUGCCCGGGAGUGUGCCAUCUCAACUAAAAUAUGCAGUUAAUGCGUCACAUUCCUCCUUAAUUUGGAAAAUUCAAUACUAAAUUCUUGGAGCAUAGGUGCAUACUUGAGUUUGUUUCUCUAGCCGGACAUUGAUUUGCUCCAAGUUUACAAAGCAGCAUCCGAACCCUCUGGUACACAUGCAGACGCAUCCAUAGGGAGAACUGGCACAAGUAGAAGAUAGAUCUAUAUAUUUAUACCAUUUAAUCAUUGGUCAAUCACAGACCAUUCGAUUGAAUGUUUUGUGUUGUUUUCUCAUGUUUCAGUCAGAAAUUGGGCGUUGGAAUAGAUACAAUCUUCUAAUAAGCAGGGACGAAUGAGGCUGAGUGAAGUGCAUGCACCUGAGGAUGAAAUCGUGAAAUUGAAGCUUUCAGUGGCUUGCCAAUUGUAGCAAUCAUCGUUUUGAUGGAUUUGCAAAACAGAAUGUGUUGAGUGUUCUGAGUUCAGAGCUAUUGAGUAUUCUUUCUUGGAUGCUCUCAUUGAUCAGCAUUCCAUGAUGGUUGUAUAGUAUGAUUUUUUUUUUCUUGUUUUUAUAUCUUUAUUGAUGUGGGAUGUUCAUGUGACAUACAAUAUAAAUAUUUAGUAGUUUUUUUAUUUAAUAAGAUGCUUAUGUACUCGACCGUCCAAUAUUCAAUGUUA